AUUGCAAAUUUUCAGUCAUCAUUUACAAGUCAACAUCUAAAUCUACACCACACUUUUUCAGCCAUUAAUACUUUUCUUGAUUCAGAAUCUAUUACUCAAUGAUAAUCACUUAUUUGAGCUAGUCCAAUAGUUUGUUUCUGCAAUACACCUUGAAUAUUUUUCUAUAUAGAAAACAAGAAGGUCUUUCUUUCAAUGAAUCUAGAUAUUGUGAAGAUAAUUAUAUAGCUUGUGUUGUUUAUAUAGCAUAAUGGUGCUGCAAAACAUGAAGGAACAACUUGCUUUGGCAAUUAGAAGCAUCCAAUGGAGCUAUAUAAUCUUCUGGUCUGAAUCUGUUAAUCAUCCAGGGGUGUUGAGUUGGGGGGGAGGAUAUUACAAUGGAGAUAUUAAGACAAGGAAAACAAGUCAAGGAGUGGAACUUAGUUCCGACGAAAUCGGCUUACAGAGGAGUGAGCAACUGAGAGAGCUGUUUGGGACUCUGAAACCUGUAGAAACAAGUCCUCAAACAAAAAGGCCUUCUGCAGCACUGUCACCAGAAGAUCUCUCAGAUACUGAGUGGUAUUAUUUGGUUUGCAUGUCCUUUGUAUUCAACAUUGGCCAAGGGUUACCAGGAAGAGCUCUAGCGAAUGGCCAACCAAUUUGGCUGAUCAAUGCUUAUUCUACUGAUUGCAAAGUGUUUAGUCGCGCUCUUCUCGCAAAGAGUGCAUCUAUUCAAACAGUGGUGUGCUUUCCUUUUAUGAAUGGUGUUAUUGAGCUAGGCACAACUGAUCUGGUAUUGGAAGAUCUGAGUCUCAUUCAACAGAUCAAAACUUCUUUAUCGAAUAUUAUAACUGUCGACGAUCCUAUUAACGUUCAAGCUACAUUGAAUUCGAGAAAUAACGAAGAUGUUGCUUGUGUGGCAGCAUUUGGUCAUUAUGACUAUAAUGCUGGAUAUGACAUAAUGAAUAGAACAACCUCUCCUAAUGGUAGUUCAACUGCAUUACAAACGAAUCAAAUACCAGACGAAACAUUCAUGGUCGAAAACUGGCACGUAAUGGAAGAUGAUUUGAGCAACUGUGUCCAUAACUCCAUGAAUUCAAGUGACUGCAUAUCUCAAACUAUUGCUUCUGCUCCUAAGGGUAGAGAAGAUUGCAACAAUAUGGACCCCUUAAGUGAGGAUUGGCACUAUCAGAAAAUUCUUGCAGCACUUUUGAAAAGCAAUGAAGAGUUAUCAAUGGGGAUGCAUUUUCAAAACUUUCAUCAGGAAUCAAGCUUUUGUGUUUGGAACAAAGGAGGGCCAUGGCCAUUGGAUUGCCAUAGGCCAAGACAAGGAACGUCGCAAAAGCUAUUGAAGAAGAUCUUGUUCGAGGUUCCGCGGAUGCAUAUGGAUGGUUUGGUUGAAUCUCAAGAAGAGAAUGACUAUAGAGAGGGAACGAGACUCGAGACUGAUGAAGGUAUGAACCAUGUUUUGUCAGAAAGAAGGAGAAGAGCAAAACUAAAUGAAAGGUUUUUAACCCUUAGAUCAAUGGUCCCUUCAAAUAGUAAGGAUGACAAAGUUUCUAUACUAGACGACGCAAUUGAAUACCUUAGAAAGCUUGAGAAAAGGGUAAAAGAAAUGGAAGGUCAAAGAGAGCCGACAGAUAUAGAGUCUAGAAACAAAAGAACACAUCAUGAUAUGGUAGAGAGAACUACUGAUCAUUACUAUAAUAAAACUAACAAUGGCAAGAAACCAAUGGCGAAAAAGAGGAAAAUAUGCGACAUAGACGAGACGAGGAGAGUGAUUUACUCAGAUGCUUUGAAAGGAAGUUCUACUAGUGAUGUUAGUGUCAAAAUGAGUGACAAUGGAGUUGUGAUUGAAAUGAAAUGCCCUUGUAGAUCAGGAAGGAUGUUGGAAAUUAUGGAAGCAGUUAACAAUCUCAACAUAGAUUUGAAUUCAGUUCAAUCAACAGAAGCUGAUGGGAGUCUUCAUCUGAUCAUUAAAUCUAAGUUUACAGGAUCAAGUCAUGCAACAGCAAAAAGGAUCAAGCAAGUCCUCCUUAAAGUGGCUUCAAAGUUUUGAUGGAAACAAUUUGAUUCCUACCACUACCUUGUUACACAGAGAUUCUUAUUUGAAGACUGUGAUAUAUAUGGAAAAAGUUAGUCUUUGGACAAAAAGUAACUCUUGGUGAUGUAACAUAGACACUUGUAAAUGGGUAGGUAGGCUUAGAUGACAUUAUACUGAAAUAAAAUAACCAAUGAUUUCAUAUGAGUCUAAAAGUCUCAUUUUGUUUAUUCUUUCA